AUGGCGAAAGCUCAAGGCACUGAUGAUCUGUUCGCGAUCUUUGUCCACGCCGGGGCUGGGUAUCAUAGCCGCGAGAAUGAGGUAAAGCACCUGAAGGUGUGCGAGCUCGCCGUUGAGGCAGGUAUGGCCUUUCUUCGUCAUGGAGGAACUGCGGUCAGCGCCGUGGAGAUGGCACUUAUGGUCCUUGAGGAUGCGCCGAUCACCAAUGCGGGGCUAGGUAGUAACCUGAAUGAACAAGGCAUUGUUGAGUGUGAUGCCUCGAUCGUCGAUCAUUUUGGUCGCAGCGGAGCCGUUGGUGCUGUACCCAGUGUCAAGAAUCCAAUCCAACUUGCCCGUCGCAUCUACGAUAAGGCAUGCAAGUCUCCUGGCAUGUCGCGCGUUCCACCAAACCUGCUCUGCGGAGAAGGUGCUACAAACUUUGCAUGGAAUAACAAUGUAGUCGUGGUUCCCAAUGAUGUGUUGGUUUCGCCCCUCGCAGGCCAGCGCUUUAAGAAUUGGACCUUUGAUAUCGCCGAAUGGGAACGUGAGAAUCCAAAAGACGAGACGGAGAUCCAAGCGGAGUAUCUCCGUCGGGCGAAGCCUCUCAUCCCCGCAGACUUCCCGAGUAUCCAGAAGCACAUGGAUGCUGCUCGUCGACUUGACAUCCAAGAGAGACCCUUUCGAGUCAUGGAUGCCCAGGCCAAGGACUUGGAUGGUCCUGAACCAAAAAUCCAAUCGGACGGUACCCCAUCAACUCACGGAGAUAAUGGCUCGGCGGAGUCUUCCAGUGGUGUGCCUCUUCCAGACAAGGACGCUUACACAGCCAACCCUCCAUCUGAUAAAGACGAUUUCAUCACGGACACCGUUGGGGCGAUCGCAAUUGACAAGUACGGCAACAUCGCCGCAGGAUCCUCCUCUGGAGGCAUUGGAAUGAAGCACCCUGGCCGCAUUGGCCCGGCGGCUCUGAUCGGUAUCGGCACGCAUGUUAUUCCUGUCGAUCCGACUGACCCAACCCAGUGCGCAGUCGCCGUUGUGGCCUCUGGCACUGGAGAGCACAUUGCCUCCACCUUUGCCGCCAGUACAUGUGCGACCCGAGUUUACUACAGCCACAGAAAGGCUCGAGAGGGUCUUUUCGACCAGGUGAACGAAGAAGAGGCCAUUGCUGCCAUGCUCGAGAACGAAUUCACUGGUCAUCCGGCGGUUAAAAACAGUGACAUCGAUGCCUCCCUUGGACUCCUAGCUGUCAAAAAGACCAAUGAGGGCAUCGCUCUCUUCUUCGCUCACAAUACUGACUCUUUUGCCAUUGGCUCGCUCUCGAGCAGAGACGGAAAGGCCCAGUGCGUGAUGUCACGCAACCCAAGCCAUGCACCCGUUGCUCAGGGAGGAAUGAUGAUUCGACCCAAGAACAUAUCGAAAGGUUCGAAGAAAAGAAAACAUCAAGAACCUCAACGUCGCCCAUACAGCCCGCACCCCGAAAACACAGACAAAUCUUGUCUCGGCCUUGAUCUCUCUGCAGCAGAAUGUCCGACGCAAGAUCCGUGACCAUUGUUACCCCGCAGGAGGCCAGCGCUACGAUUCAACCUGUCACAUUCAUGCUUGAGCUAAAUCACC